AUGGCGGGGGAGUACUUGCGCAACCCAAACCAAGAUGAUAUUAAUCGCAUUUUAGCUGAGAAUGAAACAAGGGGUUUUUCAGGUAUGCUUGGGAGUGUGGAUUGCAUGCAUUGGCCUUGGAAGAAUUGUCCUUCGUCUUGGGCGGGAUAUUAUGCAUCUUAUAAAGGUGAACCGACGAUAGUUUUGGAGGGGGUUGCUACUUAUGAUUUGUGGUUUUUGCAUGCAUAUUUUGGGAGUCCCGGAUCAAAUAAUGAUCUUAAUGUACUUAACACAUUUCCAUUGUUCGAUGGUAUCUUCGAUGAAAAUGCUCCAAAAGUUGAUUUUCAAGUAGGUGGUGGAAGAUUUGAUAUGGGUUACUACUUGUCCGAUGUGAUAUAUCCUAAGUUAUCCACUAUUAUGCAAGCUUACAAGAAACCAACAAACCCGAGACAAAGAUGUUUUACCAAGAUGCAAGAAGGGGCUCGGAAAGAUGUUGAACGUGCAUUUGGUGUUCUACAAGCAAAAUGGCAUAUAGUGAGAGGUCCGGUUGAAUAUUGGGAUGAAGAAGACUUAAAAUUCAUAAUGUUGGCUUGUGUGAUAUUGCAUAACAUGAUAAUUGAACAUGAGAGGCGAGAUUAG